AUGCACUCUCUUCAGUUCUUCGCUUUAUUUUUAAGCUCUCAAAUGUUUACCACUCAAUCGAUUUUGACUUGGCAGGAUGAGGACCAUCUGUCUUUUCCCGUUAUUAAUAAGAAUCAUCGACGUUUGAAAAGAUCCGUUUUUCACUCAUUUUACUCUGUCAGUCUGGUAUCAUGCAGUCUGAGGUGCCAAAGCCAUCAUCGGUGCUUUUCUUCGAAUUAUCGUGAUGCGUCUAAUCACGGCGGAAUUUGCGAGAUGAACGAGGGUGGAGCAGAACCGCCCAUUGAAGAAAAUGAAGACCUGGAAUAUGACAAAAAUUCAGUUUACACUCAUUUUCGUAACAUAAAGGUAGGUCUGAAGACUAUUUCUGUUUUCAAAGAAAAAUACCCAUCUAUGCCUUUGUCUUAGAAGCAUUCAGGAAUUUUUUUGACUAAACUGACGUGUAAAACGAAGUAUUUCGAUCAACGCAAUUGCUUCAAUAAAUUCCCUUAUCAUCUAGCCUACAACUGAAUUUAUCACUAGUAACAGACCCACAGUGCUUAAUUGCAUAUACGCCAAAACUGUCCAAAACUGUUUCCUCGCGUUUAUGUUUUAUAAAGAGCAAAGCAAAUAAUUGGUCAUAUAAAAAUGCUCGCGAAAUAUAACCACGUGUCAAGUGAAUGUUUUUUUAAUUAAAAAAAUGAAAUUCUUGAUCCUUGGCCGAUCUAGUUCGGCAAGCCAUGCGUCGUCUUGACGCUAUUCAAAGAAGAUCAGAGUGUCUUUGGGGCACCUUAUUGAUAAACUAUGGACGAGUAGAGCUAGAGUUAAUUGUAAAACAUGGGAAGUAACAUUUUAAGACCGAGGAAGACACGCACAUAGUAUUUGGCUAUGCAAUAAGAAAAUUGAGUCUGCAAGUAGUUCCGGACAUUAGGUGUAAAAUGUUUAAUUAAUACACCCCAGCUUUUAAGGUUUUUUCAAGUUUUUCAUUAAAUCUAGUUGGCGAAUAUCCAUUAUUAAUAAAAUCCAUCUAGUGUUUUAUUAUCAAUGCUGCGUUCUGAUUGGUUGAGCUACUACUAGGCUAUAUGUUAGAGCCCACUAGUAGCGAAGAGCGCCCGAUUUUUGGCGGCAAAAAGGGAUUAAAAGUUGUUUUGUCUCGAUAUUUUUAGCCUGCGUGGCAGGCUAUCCCCUACCCCUUUCGACGCCUGCUACCUAGGCUAGAUAUUUUUGACCAACUAGUUGGUUUUUACCAAAAAAAUUGUUCCUCUCGCCCGCAUGGCCUAAGAGUCAAUAGCCCAUUCGGCCUUUGGCCCCAUGGGCUAUUAUACACUUAAUGUCAGAUCCCGAGGGAGACAGUUAGUUUUGUUUUCCCAAGAGUCCUGAUGUUUCCCGAGACGAAGUCGAGGGAAACAUCAUGACUCGAGGGAAAACAAAACUAACUGGUUUCCCGAGGGACCUGACAUUAAGUGUUUUGUUAUAUUCUAGACUUUCACUUCAACAGCAACAAAAUAAUGCGCUUAAGAGGAGUGAAUCAAAACAGUACGACUCGGUACUUAUAAGAACACAAAUUUAAUUCUCAAAACCACUGCAUGAAUGAUUUAAAAAGUACUUUCCUUAUAUUAUCUGCAUCUUCCUCCACUAGCUGCUCUUUCUCCUCUGGGAUAACUUUGAAAAUCGUUGCUUUUUAGCUUGAGGCUUCAUGUUUGUGUUGUUGUGAAUGUUGUUGUGUUCAUUCACGUAACAGAAAACUGGCAGUGUUUUUCCCGCCUUCUGUCACGCCACUUUCCUCCAUGCUCUGAUCACAUGCUGUAAUGUAUCCCGAGCGGGGUACAUUGCUUGAUGUAUCACGAUCGGGAUACAUUUGAUUUUAGUCAAGGCCACGUGACCAAGAAUCAGCCAAUGGCUGUCCCUGUUUAGUUGAGUGAAAGUCUAGGAAUAUAACAAUGACUUUUAUUAAAAACUGAAUCAUUGGAUAAUGCAAUUCUAGCAAUUUGAUUGGCUUAGCCGCUAUGGUAUAUGAGCUAUUAUACCAUGCUCUCCAUAUAUGGUCGGUGUACGCGUCAGUUUAAAAUUGGAAGCUAGCUGAGACUUUUUUUCGCGAAGGAUAGAAUGGCGCCCGAAGCAAAUCGUUUUAAUUCAUUUUUUAGAAUACUAGAAAUGCAAUUUCAUCGCAAGAAAAAAGACAAAAACAAACAAAAAAGCCACAAGAGCUUGUUUGAAAGUUUGUCGAAAAACACAUGAAAACACAUGGAACUAAAGUACCUUGACCAGCUACGAAAGAAGACAAGUGUUGUUUCUUCAUGAUCGCGAAGCCAUUCGCCGAUCGAGUCACUCGCCGAUAGAUAACUGCGGCUUGUUUAUCCGACAUCGAGAAUACAAAUCACAAGUAACCAGCUACAAAUACAGGCUAUGCAGCCAUUCACUAGAGCAAUCGAGGCGGCAGUAUAGCUUCUUUUGUCGUUCAGCAAAACCAGCUGUGGCUUCAAACAACUUCAUAACAAGCGACCGAGGUAAUAGUUUUUCUCCGUUGUUCUUACUUUUAUAACUGCACCGAAAAUCUAAAUUCACAGUAAUUUCGACGGCUGUCACUUAAAAAUCUUUUCCUUCACAUUAUCUGCCAGGUUUUUUUAGCUGUUCUGCUGUGUAAAAUCCUAGAAUCCCGAUGAGUUUUUAAAAAACUAAUGUUCAUCGCUACAAUGUUUUGAUUUUUCAUUCAUGCUGUCCAGGCGAGUCCGUUCGCGCGUUGACAGUUUUGAUAGACGUGUGACAUGUGAAUAGCGGAAGUCCCUUGUCUUUUCCGGUUUGUUCUAGUCGGGGAGAUUCAACGAGAUUUUGUGGGCGUUUUUAAUAAAACGCGCCUCGUUGGCUAUCUAUCAUCUCAUAUCCAACGCGCUCUCGUGGAAUAAUUGUUAAAGAGCCCAUUCGGGCUCGAGGAAUAAAUGUUAAAUACUACUGGAAAGAUCUCCUUAAAAUUAGGAAACUUACCAGUUGUGAAGGUGAUACGUUAAAGGAGAGCAAAGAUUUAGCUCCAGAAAGUCGCGAAAUUUUACGUUUGUAUGGUGAGGGCACGAACUUGCCUCCACCAUACAAACGUCUAUGAAAUUUGUCGACUUUCAGUGCGGAGCAAUAUCUUCGUUGGUUUUCAACAAAUCAUGUCCCAACUUAGCAUCUGUACUAAUUUUAAAACGUUCUUUUUGCCGUGGAACGCGUGGAAGGUAGUGGUGGAUCAAACGGAGGGGCCCCCGGGGCCCGCGCCCCCCAUUACUUUUAGAACAAACUGAGGCCCGAAGCAAAUUUGAUGAAUCUAAUGUUUGGUGCAGUGAGUUAAUUUUCACCUCUAAAUAUAGGAAUGUUAUUUUAAAGAGUAAAGAAGGUUGAUAGAGAAAGCUGUGUACUUUCAAAGUUUAAUAUAACUAAACUGAGCACGUCAGGAACCUCAUAGAGAGGAGAAGUUUGACGUCACGUUACUAUGGUAACAAAAUGUCUGGAUCACAACCAUAGGGAGCUUAAGCAACGACGGCGGCGACGGCAACGAGAACGGCAAGAAAGCAAUAGGUUUAUUAAGAACUGAAAACAACAACUUUACUGGGGCAGCACACUUUUUUGUAUAUUUCUUAGCCGUUGUUGAACGACUGCGACAUGAAACUUCCUAAUUUCACGCGCCCGCUUUAUGGAGUAGGCGAACACAACACAAAACGUUUCCUAUUUUUUUUUUCUAAACUUAGAUAAGGUCCUUUCGGACUCAAAUAAUUUCACCUAAAUUUGACAAAUUAAAUGAAUUCAAAUAACAUCGAUGAAGUUUGAAACAGUGGGAGUUCACUUUUUUAGUGACGUUUUCGGUUUGUUGUCAUCGGGAAUUUUGCCACCAUGGCAAUGUGAUGUAGCGACUUCUCCCUCUAUAAGAGAUCCCUUUAAAGGCACCCCGUUAAUUUUUUUUCUCCUUCUGAAGUACGACUGCCAGCUGACCGGCUGUUUGAAUGGAGGCUCAUGUAUUUUUUCGGAAGUUUCAAAAACCUUUCGCUGCGUUUGCAAAGGACCAUGGAUUGGCGAAUAUUGUAAAGGUAUUUACCCAGCUAUGUGUACAGUUGGCUAGCAUAAGAAUGAGUGCAAUAAUUUAAGUUUUCAUAAUUAAUCAAAUGCGUAGCUCCUAGCUAAGCUCCUCCUAUGAUAUCUCAGCUCCAAGGUAUAAAGCAUAGCUCGAAUCCUUACUCUGAUCCUGAAUUGAGUAGGCAGUUUAGGAACUCACAACCGGUAGGGCUAUUGCCUGAAGUGACCAUGGCUAAGAAAUUAAAGUGGGUAUCAGUACAAAGGGCCGCCUAGUUUCAAGUUAAGACGCCACAAAAAUGAGAAACAGGAUGCGGAAAAAAUCGCGAAAGGUUCCCAAGAACUCAAAUAAAAAUAAUUAUAAUGAUGCUAAUGAUGAUAAUGAUAAUGAUGAUGAUGAUGAUGAUGAUGACGAUGAUGAUGAUGAUGAUGAUGAUGAUGACAAUGACGAUGGUGAUGAUGAUGAUAAAACUUCCAAUCUGUCUUAUAGUGAAUCACUGUUCGGGAAGUCCAUGUGCCAAUGGAGGCUCGUGCACCAAUCUUGUUGACGGCUGUUAACUCUCUCCAAGACGGACGCCUUUGGGACCUGCCCCAUGUCUUCAUAUAGAGAGAUGUCCGUCUUAUAGAGACUUGUAAAAAAUAGAGACCUGUAAAAAGGACCAAUGAAAGGGAGGGACCACCUCUAGGCGUCCGUUUUAGCGAAGUGUACGUCUUGAUAGAGCGUAUUCACAUGACGUCACGGCGGCCAUAUUGGUGUACCAAGACGAUGAAACAGCGGCCAUGUUGGUGUGCCUUCACAACCCUGUGGGAAUUGAACUCUUUUCUUAUGUUAAAACUUUCUUUUGUUCGUGCAAAUUAGCAUAGAUGCUGGCCCCGUGAGUAUAUACGCGCUAUAGAGGUGACCGUUGGCGUAAAGAGAGGUUGACUGUAUAAACCGCUAACAACUUCUGGUUGUUUUUGUUUCAUUGUUGUUGUUGUUGUUGUUGUUGUUGUUGUUUAUGACGGGGCUCAAAUCUCCUUUUAAUUCAUAAAAGGGAGUUUGAGCCCUUAAAUGCGUAAAGGAAAGAUUUAACGACAGUUUAAAAAUUUCAGAAUUUACAAGGACUUGUAUGGAAAACCACUCAAGCGUGAGUGGGUGGCAAGAGUUGUUUUUCUCAUACAAAUCCUUGCGAUAUACAGUUUAAAAUUUACAGGUUUCCUAAUUUUAAUAUGCUCUUUCAGCUCGUGCUAACAAAAUUUUUCAAAGGCGAACUAUUUUCAAAGUUAACAAAAUUAAUAGAUGCAAGUCAGAUUGAUGUGUUCGACCUGUUGAUUAAGGUCAGGCUUUUCCAAAUUAAUGUGACCCCAAUCAACAGGUCGAACUAUUUUCGCGUUUACCGAAAGUUGGUCACGUGAUUAACUAACGCAAAAGGCCUAUUAGCGCACGAAAAGCAAAACAUCUUAACGUCACAACCUGUUUACAUACUCUCAUGCAAACACACCUCUCGGUCAAUCAGAGCGCACGUACUAUCUUAGUUAUUUUAUGAAAUGUCUUCAUGGUUAUAAUGUUUGUAGUCACAUAUUUUUCUUGUUCUCUUAGCUUGCCCAGUCCCCCUCGGUAUGGCAAGUGGAGCCAUUUUGGACUCCCAGAUUAGGGCUUCAUCAGAAUGGGACAUCGAUCUUCCCGCCCAGCAGGCCAGGUUACACUUCGUAAAAACCGUUUAUGGUGCCUGGUCAGCUAAGUUAAACGACAUACACCAGUGGCUACAGGUCGAUCUUUUAAAUACGACUCGAGUGUCAGGAGUAGCAACUCAAGGACGGAACGGAUGCCCUUGCGCUCAAUGGGUCACAAAGUACAAGUUGCAGUACAGUGAAGAUGGACAGGCGUUUAAGUUCUAUAGGAGAAGCGGAGAUGAAUCAGACAUGGUAGGAAACAAUAAAAAUAACAAUAAAUAUAAUAAUAGGCCUUAUUCAAAUUUACCUAACCGUACCUCUUUAUUUCCUCCUCCUCCCCUUUUCCUCGGAAAAUUCGGGAUAUAAGGAAGUGUUUAGUCUAGCCGAUAUUCUUUAAAUAGCAGUUGUAAUCAGUCUGGUGGUAUUUUUGCUGUUCUUGCUAUGACCUAAAGCAGUAGUUCGUCUAUUUCUUCCUGGCGAAACGAGUGAAGUUUUCCGCCACUUUUCUUCAGAACAGCUGAGCUAAAGCAUCCUCGUUCCCAGGGCUUCUCGGUUGCCGUGCCCUUGUCUGAUUAGAUAAUCCUGAACCAAUGAAGUCACUUUCUUGGAUAUCGCAAACGUCUUCCAAAUCUGGCCAAUGCAAGCUGGUUAACCUGGGAAUUUGAGCCAACCAGAAACAGAGAAAUACGAAUAUUUUGUACUCUGUCUUAACCGUGACUUAGAGUUUGAAAACAGGACGGUGCUCAUUUUAGACGAAUGAACAGUCUGAUUUUAUCCUUCAGUAUCCAUCUUUUUAGAUGGAUUUUGAAGACGGUUUAUUCGUUGUUCUGAAACGACUGAAUAAUAUCCAUCUCUAGUGUGAAAACGACCAUGAUUAUGACGUUAUCCAAUGGCGGGGUUUUUACUGGCUUAUCCAGCUAGCAUAAGGACUAAAUAAAUUAUUGGACGCAGAGAGCCGUUGUUCCAUAAGUCCAUGAGGAAUAACAGAACAGGGAGGAAAACACCCAGUUUAGCUCUUGGGAUAUGUGAAUUUCACCAAAGUUAUUUUUAUACCAAUUACACGCUUCUAAUUAAUCGGAAGUUGGUUUCCAGAGAGGUCCGCAAACUUUUACUCAGUGUUGUUAAAAUAGAAUUCAACAGUCGCUAUUACAAUAUUAUAAUAGCAUUGUUUGCUAUGAGGCAGUUGCGCUUGGACUUGUUGACGUCUUCAACAAUCGAUUGAAACAUUCAGACGUUCCAGGAAUUGGACUUCCAUUUGGACACAACUUCUAAAAAUAACUUAAGUAAAAUUCACACAUCCCGGCCAACUUCCUAAGAUUCCCUCUCUGUCUUGACUCUCUCUUGAUAACUCACAAUAACUUCAGACAACAGAAGCAGAUAGUUCGUCUUGACUAGUUAUUCAUGCUUUCCCUAUCUUAUAAGACGCUCACAACCAUCCAAACAAAUAAUUCAUCUUACGUACGUUUGUAUUUCAUGCACAGAUUAUCCAUCUCUUGCCAGUACAAUUCGGGUGUUUCUUGGUGUUGCAGAAUUCAAGUGUUUCUUGUUGGUUUGUGAUGUGGUGUGGUCAUUGUUCUAGUCUGCUACACAGCCGUUUUUAGUGUCGUCACGCAACGCUCCUCCCCACUAACUAGUGGGGAGGAGCGUUGCGUGACGACACUAAAAACAGCUGUGUAUUGGUCAUUUCGAGCCCAGAUACCAAACUAUCGUAUUCUGUUAAAUCUCAUUCAGGUUUUUACGGGAAACACCGACAGAGAUACUGUUGUGAAUCAUCAGCUAACUCCCGUGAUUAAAGCUCGUUACAUUAGACUAAAUCCUGUGAAAUGGAACGGGCACAUAUCUAUGAGAAUGGAACUCUGCACUUGUUAG